UUUUGUUGUUGUUGUUGGGUUUUUUUUUUUUUUAGCUUUUUAUCUUAAUGAGCUUCAUUGUAUUUAACUUGGAAAGAAUCAAUAGCGAGAUUUCUUUCUGUGUACCAAACUUGUGGCACAGUUUGAGAACAAUGUGUGUUCUGCAUGACUUUGUAUCCACAUCCCUACAAAGUGAACUGAUUAGUUAGAGCCAACACUCCCAGUGAGUGAAUCAGCAGUUGUGCUGCCCUCGCUGGUGACCAUUAGCUUAGCAUAUUGUCCCCUCAUUAGAAGCUCAUUGUGCUGUGGAAGCCUCUCAAUUAACUACAUUUUUUCCCCCCCUUUUUUAUUGUAACAAGCUGCCGAAUUCUUGGCUUUAUGCACAGAGCUUGCGCAGACUAAACUCUUCCCAAACUUGGACAAGCUGAAGAACUACUAAAACUGUUCACUUCGAUACUGCAUGCAGUUGGCAGGUAUGGAGCUGUGCAGCACAAAGUUUCGGACUGCUUCAGUGUGUUGCAUCUUUAAUCAGGUAUUUCUGACAAUAAACAUUUUAUAUUUAUCAAAUGCAGGGUUUUUUUUGUCGAGAAAUCCAUCAAAUUUUGGCAAAGCGUUUUUCGAUGAGUUUGGAGGUGUUUCCACCAAUAAUUUCAGUGUUUUGAUCCCUUAGAUAUUUUGUCGUUUCCUUUUGCCUUGCGGCACGGAGCUCCAUUGUGCCGGAAAAAUCCGUGAUCAUCAUCAAAUUACUCCCGGACCAUUGAGCAAAGUUGCUCUUGGAGGACAUUUUGAUCCCAUUCCUUACUCAUGGCAGAUUUAAUAGGCAAAAUCAUGAGUGAGGUCACUCUCUCGCACAUAACAAGAGGCAAGCCCAAACAUAAAUUGUCUGAAGGCUUCAGUGUUAACGCUAGCAUUCACCUUUUUCUUCCACAGACAAUCAUUUUCCCAGAUCCAGAAGACAACAAUCCUUGUGUGUCCUUCUGUAUUUCAGCCUGUCCCCUCCAUGUUUUUCUCCUUGAGGAAGAAACACACUAAUCCUUAGUUACCCCUUUAGCUGCCACAUCUUUACCCGUCUACUCCUUUUGUUGCAGAGCAAUGACGGCGUUUUCUUCAAGGUAACCGAGGUUAAAAAAAACAAAAAAACGAUUGACUUCAAACACAAACCAAUCACAUGUUCCAAAGCAACUCUUUGACCUCACCAUGCAGUCACUGAAGUGAUGCCAAGAGGUCACUUAGGGACAGGGUCAAAGCAGUUUAAAUCAAGCUUUCUGGAUUAGGUACAAUUUCCAAUUUCACUAAAGGGAAUAAUUAGAAUCACCCUUUAUAGCAACCUAGACGCAACUCAAUCAACUCCCAUAAGAACUGAAGGUUAUUUCUGUCAGUCUCUAAACGUUUGGACAUUACUGUGUGCUACUAGACAAAUGGAUCAUAAAUCAUAUUUCUGGGGGGGAAAAAAUCUUAUGAAACAACUUAAUAGUUCCAGAUAAUUGGUUAUAUUUUGAUAUGUAUGCUCUGAAAGGGCCGGUUGUUCCAAAAUGCAUUGAUAAAACCCAUUAACAAAUUGUUAAAAUAUUAAUAAAUAGCAGUCCCUGCAUUCAAUAAGUAACUUUAACAUUCUUUAAAUUAAAUAAUAUUAUUCACAUUGAGCAGUCCCUCCACGAUUUUGUGAUUUUUAUCAAAAUCGUUGAUAUGUGGUGCUACUGUAGAAAUAUUGGCAAUAUUUGCGCUUGUGUUUGAUGGUAAAUGUCACUUUUUGUUGGUGGCCACGUAAAUCCCGGAUUAUAACUUGACAUCAAGUAAAUCUGAAGCAAAAUUGUAGUAGAAGUAAGAAAUGCUGCCACCUGCAGGUGAGCGUUAGCAUCUCUUAAAUCCAAAAGUUAGACCAUUUUUGUGAAAGAUUUGCUGUAAACUCAGUUGCACGAAAACGCUCCUUCGUUGUAUUACACUUCGCUUCGUGCAGAGGGUCUGGGCUCUUGACCAUUGAGAAAUUAUUUCUUUCUGGAGGUGUAUAUUGUGUUAAGGUUUUGAAUUUUACCCAAUAGCUAACUGUUGCCCUUGAGGUAUGCUCCAGUUCAGCGUUAUAAGCUUACCUGAAAUUGCCUGCGCUGUAAACAAUUAUCCUCCAUUGUGAAGGCUGUGGGUGUUAAUCAAACAUUUUGGAAGCGUAGCCAACACUGACUGGACGGUUUUGUUCACUUCCUCCAACGUGUUGCUAAAACUUCUUCUUCUUUAGAUUUUAAUGGCAGCAUGUGUCCAUUAGUGUUGCACUACUGCCAUCUCUUGGAUUUUAAUACUUAUCUUUUCCCAAAUUCUCCUAAUGAGACCAGUAUUUUUUAUGUUUAUGUGUAUAUUUCCUUUUUAUUGCUAAAACUACAGACAGACUACAGCACUGAAAAUGAACGUCACCGUUCACAACCUCUUCUUCUGUUCGCUGAUUGGCCCGGUAGAAAAUCUACUGGAGGGAAUCCAAGUGAAAGGGGGGAAAAGCCCAGACUGUACUGUAAGGUCAGGCUAGCUAGCCAUUACUGGCGGACGUCGCAUCCUUACUGUGGUGAAUCGAUAGACGUUUUGGAUGUGAAGGCCCAGACGCCUCUGUUCACAGCUGUGAGUGGGAAACACUUUGACUGCGUGGCGGCCCUGCUGAAGGCGGGAGCCGACCCCAACGGCAGCCAGUACAACAACUGCUCCCCGGUGCUGACCGCCGCCAGGGAGGGUGACGUAGACAUUCUCCGGGAGCUGCUGCGGUUUGGAGCCGAGGUGGACGUCCGGCCAAAGGUCCCCGAGUGGGCCACCAACGCCACAGCCUGCAGAGGGCCCCUGUACAUCUCAGCCGUCUAUGGACACCUGGGCUGCUUUAAGCUGCUCCUGCUACACGGGGCCAACCCCAACUAUAACUGCACGGAUGAGAAGAUGCUGGCCAGGAUCAAGCAACCCAAGACGGUUGUGGAGGUGUGUCUCCGUUACGGCUGUGGGGUGGAGUACAUUCAGCUGCUGGUAGACUUCGGGGCAGACGUCUAUCUACCUACACUCAUUAUUGACAAAACUACAAAGCAGAACGAAGCGCUACUGCUGCUGCUCAGAGAGAGAGUUUGUCCCAAAACACUGAUGUCACAGACUCGGCUGGCAAUCCGAAGACACAUCCCGUUUGCCGACAAGGACCCUGCAAUAGACAGUUUGGACAUACCUCUGGUCCUGAGGAACUACUUAAAGCACAUAAACGCUGAACCUGAGUGAUUUUAGUCUGAGUUUACCGAUUUUUCUGUUGUUCGAUUUUGCUUGCUUGAUUUUUUUCCUCAAAUUUCCUCAGUGAGCAGGACAAGACAAAAACUGUAGCAGCAGUUUUGUCCUGUCGCACUCCUUGAACUUCUCCACAUUUUGUAGCUACCACCACACUUUAGUGGAUCUUAGUCCGAUUUUGAGUGAUAGAGUAGAACACAAUAGGGAAUAAUUAGAAUGUGGAGGGGAAAACAACAAUGCGUGGUUUUCUACAUCUUUGACAGAUUAAAAUUUUAAAGAUGUGGUAUUGGUUUUAUUCAACCCCUGAGUCAAUGCAUGGUAGAACCAUCUGCUGCUGCUGUAACAGCUGCAAUUAUUUUUGUGGUACAUCUCCAAAAUACUGACAUCUUUUGCACUAUUUUAUAGCUCAAACUCAAGUUUGACAAAAAGUAGAACAUGAAGAUCCAUUUUCGUCUUGCUGUCUUGCAAACCCAGUUGGAUUUGGUCAAGCUGUAACCGAGAUAUUCUGGCACAACUUGAUUAAAGGUAUGUAAGAAACACCAGUGUACACAUUUCAGAAUCUUAUUUAUGUCGUUUUCCAAUCUAUCCACAGUCAUGCACUACUUUAAUCUAUCUCAUAAAAUAGAAAAUAUAUUGAAUAAUGUGGUCAUAGUCUAGUUGCAACAUCUGGAAAAGUUCAUUGUUGAAGCAUCACGCAGGCUCUUUAGAUCUCUUUGUGUGUUUCACCAACUAGGACAAAGGAUUAUCCAAAUGGAGUCCAUGUUGGAGGGAAAAUGUGUGUAAAGUGUAACGCCGUGUCCGGCCACUAGAGACCACAGUCACACCGCACAAUGUUUCUGUCCCCAUUAGAGGCUCCUCAUGGGCAGCUUGGAUCAUCCAACCAUGGUGUGUUUUUGCAUCAGCUUCAAGACCCCACUGAAUUUAGACCCAACUGAAAAAAAGACAUGCGCACACACACACACACGCACAGGCUGUCUGUAGCGCACCAGGAUGUCUCAGAUCUCCGGGAGCAGAAAAGAAGAAGAAGAAGGAAAAAAAAAUCUUGCAUCUUUGGACUUCAAAACAUCAGGAAGCGGAGUGAACAGCCUACGAUUCGGCGUGGCCAAGAGGGAGAUACGUUUGCGUAACUCCCAUUACUUAUUCAUCGCAGCAGAGUCAUAUGCAAGCUACCGUUUGUGGCUGGGAGUGUGUUGAUUUUUUUUUUUUUUUUUUUUUAUUUCUGUGACGCGAUCGUGUUUAUCUCAUGUCCUUUAAUCUUUCCUUUGUAACGUCUCCUAGAGUGAGUGUGUCAUGUGUUGGAAACGGCUCCUACAAACAGGAGGUGAUGUCACGCGACAGGAAACUCAACAACAAUGCAACCCCGCCGUCCCCACUCUCACACACACACACACUGAUGCCUCGACACGACGUUCUGUAGAGGUUUUAUUUUCAACAAAAGUACAGCUAUAUCAGAUAUGGAUUUAUUUUUUUUCUUUACAGCGAAGUACAACAUAUUCCCAGUGCUUCUGAUUACAUCAAAACAUAUAAUGUACAUACAGUUGACAUCUCCACUCUCCCAUUCACAGUUUCUGGAUUGAAUAGGCAUUAUUUUUCAGGUUUUUAUCCAUUUCUACAACAAAUAAAGGCCAGCAAGAAAGAAAGAAAGAAAGAAAAGUAGAAAGGAAGAAAGGGGG